UGCAUUCACUAUAUCUGGUCUCCCCGGACCCUGCAUUCACUAUAUCUGGUAUCCCCGGACCCUGCAUUCACUAUAUCUGGUUUCCCCAGGACCCUGCAUUCACUAUAUCUGGUCUCCCCGAACACUGCAUUCACUAUAUCCGCUCUCCCCCGGACCCUGCAUUCACUAUAUCUGGUUUCCCAGGACCAUGCAUUCACUAUAUCUGGUCUCCCAGGUCCCUGCAUUCACUAUAUCUGGUCUCCCCGGACUCUGCAUUCACUAUAUCUGGUCUCCCAGGACCCUGCAUCCUCUAUAUCUGGUCUCCCAGGACCCUGCAUUCACUAUAUCUGGUCUCCCAGGACCCUGCAUCCUCUAUAUCUGGUCUCUCAGGUCCCUGCAUUCACUAUAUCCAGUCUCCCACAGAACAUG